CUUUGAAUCAGAUGACCUAAUAACGUAUCUGGCUGGCCUGAUAGCUAGUACUAGCCGUUCUAAUUAUUCCUGUGGUACUAGCUAGUUAAACGAGAAGUCUGGCAAAAGCGUGCCAAGGACAGUGUUGUAGAUCUAGCUUGUAGCUAGCGGUUUCUUUAUCGAUCGUGAACUCACAACACAGUGGUGUCACAAUGUGGACGUGUAAAAACCUGUGGAAGAAGUUCGCUCCACUCGCCAGAGCCUCUUCAACUUUGUGCCUGCAAAAUGCAAGGGGAGCAGGUAAGUAAAAUUGCUAACGUUAAUUAACGUAGCUAAUUAACGUUAACAACUUGGUGGGCCCUGGAUAGCCAGUGCAACUUUGAAACUGUGCAGUUGUUAGCCGGUUGGGUAGGCUAACAAGCAAUACAUAUCCAAAAUAUAGCUAUAUAUUUUUAAACUGUACACUACACCCCAAGUCAAACAUUAACUACUUCAGUCUGGUAACUUAGCUAGGUUAGCUAGCCAGUAACGUUAGACAUGUAAUGUGCAGCAAUAUGCACUAACUACAGAUUCGGAUAGUUAGCUACUGUUAGUUAGCUAGCUAACUAACUAAACAGUCAGCUAACGUUAUAUUAACUAGCAGUAGUCAGCUGGCUCACUUCACUUGGUGGGUAAUGAAACACAAAGAUCUGUAUGUUAACUAAGAUAAAAUAUUAUCGCAUUUAAACAGACGUGGCCCUGUCAUAUAAUAACUGUUGUCGUGCAACCUCCCCCAUGGUCAUGUAUUCCGCCAAGGUCGUUGCUAGAAAGUAUGUCCACCGUUGCUACGUGGUGGGCACCGUCAUCUCAACCUCAUUGGACCAUCGUUACAAAAAAUGUUGUAGGAAAAAAGUCCAGUAAGCCAGCUGAACUAGAUGUGAACUUGAAACUUCAGUUAUUUUUUUAUCACAUUUUGGCGCUAUUCGAAUGAAUUAUAUAACUUGUGGGCUGAGCUUGUAACACGGUCACGGGUGUAUAUACACAUCAAAUCAAAUCAAAUCAAAUUGUAUUGGUCACAUGCGCCGAAUACAACAGGUGCAGACAUCACAGUGAAAUGCUUACUUACAGCCCUUAACCAACAGUGCAUUUAUUUUUAACAAAAAAAGUAAAAAUAAAACAACAACAAAAAAAGUGUUGAGAAAAAAAAGAGCAGAAGUAAAAUAACAGUAGGGAGGCUAUAUAUACAGGGGGGUACCGUUGCAGAGUCAAUGUGCGCCGGCUAGUUGAGGUAAUAUGUACAUGUGGGUGGAGUUAAAGUGACUAUGCAUAAAUAAUUAACAGAGUAGCAGCAGCGUAAAAAGGAUGGGGUGGGGGGGCAGUGCAAAUAGUCCGGGUAGCCAUGAUUAGCUGUUCAGGAGUCUUAUGGCUUGGGGGUAGAAGCUGUUGAGAAGUCUUUUGGACCUAGACUUGGCACUCAGGUACCGCUUGCCGUGCGGUAGCAGAGAGAACAGUCUAUGACUAGGGUGGCUGGAGUCUUUGACAAUUUUGAGGGCCUUCCUCUGACACCGCCUGGUAUAGAGGUCCUGGAUGGCAGGAAGCUUGGCCCCAGUGAUGUACUGGGCCGUACGCACUGUAGUGCCUUGCGGUCGGAGGCCAAGCAGUUGCCAUACCAGGCGGUGAUGCAACCAGUCAGGAUGCUCUCGAUGGUGCAGCUGUAGAAUUUUUUGAGGAUCUGAGGACCCAUGCCAAAUCUUUUCAGUCUCCUGAGGGGGAAUAGGCUUUGUCGUGCCCUCUUCACGACUGUCUUGGUGUGUUUGGACCAUGAUAGUUCGUUGGUGAUGUGGACCCCAAGGAACUUGAAGCUCUCAACCUGUUCCACUACAGCCCCGUCGAUGAGAAUGGGGGCGUGCUCAGUCCUCUUUAUUUUCCUGUAGUCCACAAUCAUCUCCUUUGUCUUGGUCACUGUUUAUAAUAUCAAACUGGAUCAUCCAUCGGGUGUAUAUGUAUAUUAGGAAGUAUUAGUAUGAUUGAGCCAUGCAUCAUUAUCAGCCAGUCAGGUUAUCUUUGCAGAUAAGGUCUUAUUGAGAUGGUGAGACAAAGAACAGAUUCAUCUGAUAUGUUAAAUACCUUUAUGAAAUCACCAGAAAUGACUAGUGUCAUCACUUGUCACAUGCAGGCUAUUUAUGUUUACUUUAUAACCAUUAAUCCACUCAAAGGUAAUGUACUACUUGAGUUAGGCUAAUGGAAAACACUACAGCAGGAGUCCUCAACUCUAGUCAAGGACAGCUACUGUAUGUACAGGCUUUUGCUCCAGCCCAGUACUUAACACACACCUUGAUUCAUUUCAGUGUUGAACAAUGAGAGAAGACUUACACUGGUUCCACAGGCCCACAUGUCCUCAGGAGCUCCAGGGAGUGGAGGGGACAACAACUUGUACUACCUCCUAAUUGGAGCAACCUGUGUAGGGGGAGGAUUUUAUGUAAGUAAUAAAUAUCCUGCCCAUUUCUUUGUUAUGCACACUCUAGUUUCAGUGCAUUAUACUUUUGUCUAAACACAAUGUGAAUGAAAAGGAUUUUGAUUGUAAUACUGUGAAUCAUGCUUUGUUGUGAAAGUGUUCUGUUACGUGGUUAGUGCUAUAGGCUAGCUUAAAUAUAACUAAACAAGUCAGGCAAAGAUAUUGGACACCAUAGGUCGUUGACCUUUGUAGCUGAUGACCGUUUUAGUACAGUCAAAAUGUCAUCAGGGCUUCAAACUGUAAGGUGCUAUUUCAAGUCUGGUCUGCAUUUGAUGUCUUCUGGGUUUUGGCCAGGCCAUAACUGUGUGGGUCACCCUAUUAAUGAUUUAUGUAUGAAUUUAUUCAAUGGAAUUGAACAGUUGUUGUCAUUGCCCUCUUGCCUCAUUCACCCAUUCAUUAUGUCUUUUGCCAGAGGCCUUUAAAUACUGUAUGUUGGACCUUCUGGUUUUCAACCUGGCAAAUGUAGUUAUUUAAGAUUCAAGUGAGUUCAAAAAGCAAGUUUUUUUUUUUUCUGGAUCAAAAAGGGGCUUAGGUGGUGGGCGUGGUCGGGCCCGUCAGCGCGGCUGCAUUUUAGAGAACAUUUUAGAUGCCUCCAUCUUGGCGAUUGUAGAAACAUUUUUGCAUUUUUAAGCCAGUUUCCUACAAUUCUACACAUUUCUCCAUGGUGCUGAGAGAACUUUGUGCUGUUUUAAAGCUAAUUUCCUGCAAUUCUAUACAUUUUGCUAUGGCUAAUGCUGUUCUUUUGCUCAAACAUAAUAACAAAAUCAAUACUGCUAGAUUAAUUGUUUUUGGAAUUUUCAAUUCUCACUGACUGUCUAGGUUUUAUUUUGGUGAUUGUUAGUUCUCAAAGAUUAUAUUUAAAGAAAAAUAUAAAGGGUCCAUUAUAAUUUCUACAUACUUUAUAUCUGGUUUUAGUUGUUUAAGUUUACACUGAAAGCGUUUUUCCAUCACAAAAACUAAUUUGUUUUUACACUGUUUGGACUUAGGUGUCCUGAAAAAACGCUUAGGUGGCCCGCCCAAGGAUUUAAAUGGCAGAAAAAUCCCUGAAAAGAGGUUUAAAGAUGUAAUGUUUUGUAUCUUCACAGGCUUACCGCACCAUCAAAGAAGACAAAGAGCGAUAUCAGGAACGAAUUGAUGAAAUUGCUUCCAGACCAAAUAAGGUAGUCCCAGCACAACCAAUCACAGAGGCCCCAGGUGAGAACGUGUGAUUCAUAACACACGUUGGCAGUCUGAAAUCACAUCUGCAUUUUUUUUGUCUUUACAGUUUAACAAAAUUACCCUUGUGGUGUAUAUCUUGUCUUUCAGGCGAACAAGCUGCUGAAACUCCAGAAGGUGAGAAUUUUAGUUGCUUGCGGAUAACAAUCCUGUCUCCAACCCCUAUUCAUGGCAAUGUCAUACAUUAACAUAUCUGUAUUGUGUUUUAUGUAACAAUGUGCAUCAUGGUAUAACAUUAGUAGUCAAGUAAGACUCUUAAAAGGCUGAAUUAUGUUGCGUAGUCCAGAUGAAAGCAAGAUUGUUGUUAAAUUUGACCCUGUGGGUUCUUGCUAGGCAUUGAGCCUAUUUUUGAGAAAUGGUAUAAACCAGUGUUCAAACCCUAGAAUAAAGGAUUAUUUGAUGACUUUUCUUAAGAUGAAAAACACAUAAGCCUAUAUAUUUUAUAUUUAGACGUUUAUUGUAGAAUUCUGGAAAAGCACCACUAGGGGGCAUGGGUGCUUAUGUUUGGAUAUGUUUUAAUUUACAUGGUUCUUUAUUUUUUUAUUUGUGACUUUUCAGAUUUUUAAGUUUGGUGGGCAUAGCAACAUUUCACUGAAAACAUGAAUACUCUAAUGCAGUUACCCCUGGCAUCACACCAAUGUCACUUCUGUAUGCAGCACUAAUUCCGCUGUUAUUAAUAGUUUGUAAAUAGUAAAAGUAAAGCUAACACAUAAACUAUAGUUUUGUCUACCAACCUACCAUGCUUCUGCUUUCUAUUUGUUCAACCUAGCCACGUUUGGUCAAUCAUACGGCCCUUAGCUGUUGGAGCAGUGUAGAAGGCCUUUAGCUACUAAUAUAUGUUGAUUUUGCAUGUGAUCUCUCACCAUGAAGAGACCUCUGAGGAGGGUUCUGGCUCUGGGCCUGUAGCAGCUGAGAGCGAGGCGAGCUCUGGGCCUGUAGCAGCUGAGAGCGAGGCGAGCUCUGGGCCUGUAGCAGCUGAGAGCGAGGAGAGCUCUGAGCCUGUAGCAGCUGAGAGCGAGGAGAGCUCUGAGCCUAUAGCAGCUGAGAGCGAGGAGAGCUCUGAGCCUAUAGCAGCUGAGAGCGAGGAGAGCUCUGAGCCUAUAGCAGCUGAGAGCGAGGAGAGCUCUGAGCCUAUAGCAGCUGAGAGCGAGGAGAGCUCUGAGCCUAUAGCAGCUGAGAGCGAGGAGAGCUCUGAGCCUAUAGCAGCUGAGAGCGAGGAGAGCUCUGAGCCUAUAGCAGCUGAGAGCGAGGAGAGCUCUGAGCCUAUAGCAGCUGAGAGCGAGGAGAGCUCUGAGCCUAUAGCAGCUGAGAGCGAGGAGAGCUCUGAGCCUAUAGCAGCUGAGAGCGAGGAGAGCUCUGAGCCUAUAGCAGCUGAGAGCGAAGCCCCGCUUUCAGCUAUGGAGGAGAGCUCCCCACCUCCAGAGGAACCCGCCCCCUGUGAAACAACAGAACUAUCUACAGGUUCUAUAGAUUAUAUAGCUAUUCAUAUACAUAUAUACCUCUGUCACAUGUCUGGAACUUCCAAAAGCAUUCACACCCCAUUAUGUGUAUAGAGGUGCUUAAGUUCAGAGACUGAGAACUGGCUUAUCUAGUUACAUGUCCUGAGUGUUGCAUGGGGCCAGUUUCGGGUCUAACCUCCUGUUCUAUCUGUGGCAUGUGACUGUUUCUCUGUUUUAACACCCUCUUCAAGUGGCUCACCUCCCUUCAGCACAUUUCCCUGUUGUCACAGUUUGUUAUCUCUACUUUGUUCCUAUUCUGCAAGUUUUUUUUGUCUUCUCAAACUUGGAUCAACUGUCUGGGUACAAUGUGUACUCAUCUGACCUUGUUUUGUGACAGCACAUGUAUUGUGGAACUCCACUCAUGCCCCGCCAUACCAUGUCCUUGAAUGUAAUGUGUACUAUUUCAAAUGUAUAGCUAGGAUGGGAUAAUUGAAUGUAACAAUUGGAUGGGACAGGUUGGUGGGGGCAUAGUCAUUGGCGUUUGUUGGCUAUCUAUGGAUGUCUGUUGGUUGACGGAAUACCUAGCCCACAGGUCCAUGAUUGUGAAUGGAUCUCCUGUCUCACAUUUUCUGUGUCAAUCAAACUUUAAGUUUGAUUUUAAUUAGUUUAAAAUCUUGACUAACACAACAGCCUUUCCUAUCUCUGCAUCUUUUCCCGUUAUAACUAUUGGAUGUUAUGGGAAUGUUCUGUUUUUUUAUUGCAUAUUGUUUAAACUGAAUUUUUUGUGUGUUAUUGCAAUAUGGUUUGCCUUAAUGUUCUGGUUCUGCUAAUUGAGGGAGGUAGAUCCCACCUUUACAGUUAACUCCUCUAUAAAGUCCUUUGAGCUGCCUACAUCAUAUCAAAUGGAGAAGAGCUAAAACCAGUGCAGCACGUUUUCAAGCAUUCUGUUUUUCUACCACUCCCCUCAACCUUUACGGUCAUGCCUACUAACAGAGAUUACUCCUGUUACGGAAGAUGCUCCUGCGGAAACUCCGGAAGUAACCCCUAUUGUCGAAGGUGAGGGUGAUAGCUAAAAGUUGCUAGUAAACUCCCCAUUUGAGUCGAAUCAAUGCUUGGCCUGUAAGUAUUAUAGACCCCCCCCCCAGAAGCUUUUUAAAAGAAUGUUGGUCAAAUACACAGAAGUGUCCCCUGAAGUUGCUGCAGUGGAACCAGAGGAUCCUCCCGCCACACCAGAGGUUGAGAUUGGUAAGGCAUGGUUGCAUGGACGAAGAAAGCAGGCCCUCCACUCCCAUAGGUUUUUAAUGUGGAGUUCACCCUAUAAUCAUGGACUAUGGAUUACCCCCAACAGCACCUGAACCGGUGGUAGAACCAGCUCCUGAAGAAUCAGUAGAGACGCCUGCUGCUGAGCCAGUAGUUGAGAGUGGUAAGAUCUGACUUUAUGGAAGAAAUACUUUUUCAUCUUUAUUUUAGUGGAAAUGGAGAGAGUUUAUAAAACAUUAAAUAACUAUGGACCCAUGCUAACAGAAGCAGCACCUGUAGCUGAUUCUGUCUCAGAAGAAGCAGUGGAGCAGCCAAGUUCACCAGCUCCGAGUGGUAAGAGCUUUGGCCAAUGAAGAUUACGUUUUUUUUGUAAGUGUGAAGUCGCUACUAGCCUAAUGAAUAGGCAGUUAAAUUUUAAAUAUGCCAUUGUGCUAAACAGAACCUUUAGUGGAACCGUCCCCCGUAGAGGUUACAGAAGAGCCUCCUGCUCCCGUUGUGGAGAGUGGUAAACACUCAGACCAGUGCAUGGGAAAAUAAUCCCAUAUUUUCAAUGAUCAAAAUUGAUUUUCAGAUUUUUUCCCCCCAAUUUGCCUAACACUUCGGUUAUACUAACAGAAUCAACACCAGUAGCAGAAUGCCUUCCUGCAGAAACAGUGGCGCCGCAAACUACGACUGAGACGGAGAGUGGUAAGACCUGAGUCCAGCCUCUGCUGGAGGGGGCAGACAGACAACACAGCACUAUGGUUUUUCCUGUAAACACGAUACGGUUACUACAGUUGAUGGUUACCUUGAUUUCAUUUUCUCCUUCCCUGUUAAGGUUACUUGUGGUCUAUGUUUGGGUCCUGGUUAUGCUAAGUGAUAAAGCUCUCACAUGGAUGGAUAACAAUUUACUUUUUGUUUUUAAGGUUACUUGUGCAAUGGUCAUCAUUGUACAGCUAAACGAUAAUCUCCUACACAUGGUUCUGGUGUUUUUAGACUAGAGGUUUUCCACUGUACAGCAGGAUGCAGCAUGCUUUGGGUCUACCUCUGAGUCCACAGUGUCAGAUGAGACAGUGAUUUUACCUCUUUGCUGUCCCAGCUGCGGAACCUGCAACUGUUGCACCUGCCGAGGUCCCUGCACCUACCCCUGAGUUUCCAUCACACGCCCCAUACCUCUUGAUUGGCGGAGGCACGGCCUCCUUUGCUGCAGCACGCUCCAUCAGGGCCAGGGACCCAGGAGCCAGGGUUAGUGGGCUUCUCUCUGUUGUUGAUCUAUGGAGUCACCAAGAACUUAGCAAGCAGUGUUAUGAUAAGUAGGCUCAUGGUUUAGGUUUCGCAGAAUACCUCAUGUUGAUUUCUUUAGACAUGACUAAUCUAUUUUAGCACUUUACCCAAAAUAUAUUUUUGUUUUUAUCUGUCCACAGGUAUUGAUUAUCACUGAUGAACCAGACCUUCCGUACAUGAGGCCUCCUCUCUCCAAGGAGCUGUGGUUCUCUGAUGACCCCAGUGUGGUUGACACCCUGCGCUUCAAACAGUGGAACGGCAAGGAGAGGAGGUGUGUGUGUGUGUGCACACAUGUUUACAGAACAGUCAUCAUAUGCAAUAUUCCUAUAUUAAUGCAUGUUUAUUUCUGGUUUUCAGCAUCUACUUCCAGCCUCCCUCAUUCUAUGUCAGUCCUCAGGAUUUGGAGAAAGUGGAGAAUGGAGGAGUGGCUGUGCUCACUGGGAAAAAGGUUUGGUGCUUUUUGUUUUUUAUAGCAAAGCAUUCUGGUCUUGAGUUAUUUUCUAUAUAAUUGAAGAAUUUGCUUACAUUUAAUUAGUUAUACCAUCUUUUUCCAAACAGUACUUAUUCCGAUUUAGUAAAAGGAUUUAUCAAACCUUCUUGGAGAAUGCAAUGGACAGCAUCCAAGGAUAAUCUUCAAUAAUUAAUUUAUUGGUGAAUGAAUUAUUAAAGUGUAUCCUUAGAGUGCUGUCCAUUUCACUCAAUGUAUUUUACUAAGAGAAUCCAGCACCCAACCUCAUGAAGAAUAAUCUGUGAGUGAGUACGUUGUCGUAAUAUACAUUUUUUAUCAAACCUUCCCCAAUCUUCUUCAGGUGGUGCACAUGGACGUGAGGGGGAACAAAGUGACACUGAGUGACAACACAGAGAUCUCCUAUGAUAAGUGCCUGAUUGCCACAGGUAAGCCAUGAUGAUAAAUCCAUCUUAUGGAGCACAUCCAGUUUAGCUGCUGAGUUGGGUGCGACAUUCACAACAGGCUAGGACUUGUACACUGAGCAGCAAUUAAUUUGAGCUUUCUUUCUUAAGGUGGAGUCCCAAGGAAUCUGCAAGUGAUUGAGAGAGCCGGAGAAGAGGUGACAAAGAGGACUACACUGUUUAGAAAGGUAAACACAUUGCCUUCAGAAUCAGAUGUUUUGAAAGGUGUGGGCAGUAGCCAGAAGACGAUCAUUCAUUAAUUUGGUGUUUGGUACCGCUGACAUGACAACGUAACAUGCUGAAGCUAGGUCCUUUACAAUGUUCGGUAGGGGCUAUUAUUUUAGUCAUCUUCAGGGACUGCACGGCAUAACUUCGACAUGUUCUAUCCGUAAGGAGAGCCACCAGGGGGAGCCUUUGUGCUUGAUUGACGCUAUCUGGUGGCUCUAUUUUCGGGCUGGAGUUAAGGCGGCGAUAGUGUCAAACGCACGUUAGUUUGCAAUUUCGUCAUGUAAAAACUGGCGCACUGGCAUUUUCCAGCCCUAAAGCCAGGUUCGGAAAUGUACCUGUCUUAUAUCAGCUCGCUUGCGCUCAGAUGGGCGGGGUGGAAAUAUUUGCGGUGUCCUUAAAAACAUGAUCCAAAGUGCUAAUUUCAGGCAGCGAGAAAGGCUUUUUUUUUGUCUGCCCAAUUCAAUCGCGAAGUAGUCAAGACUGUCGAUAAAGGGUUUGGCUCCUGAGACCGCUUGGAAAUAAAUCUUAAUCACCAAAGCUUUAUUAAAAUAUCAAGUUUGAGAGGAGUAAAACUGAGCUGACGUUCCCUUUUUAUCUAUGCAUUGUAGGCAGGCCCACAUCAUUUUAGUCAUGCAGGUCCCGUUUUGGACGUGCAUAAAACCCUCCAUGAUGCAGUAUACAUGUCCAUCAUGAAACGAGAUGAGAUGUGUGAUGUACCGAUUCCAUGGUACAGUGUGUAUGAGUUGAUAUAUAAAAAUACGACGCAAGAUUCAAGACUACGUGCUUUUCAGUUAAAAUUAUUGUACAGAAUUCUUGCCACCAACAAAAUGUUGAAUAUUUGGGGCAUACAAUCAUCGCAGCUCUGCAGAUUUUGUUGUGAGGAUACAGAAUCAAUAGAUCAUUUGUUUUGGUAUUGCCCUCAGGUAGCCUGUUUCUGGUCUCCGGUUCAGGAAUGGCUGAAAAAGCAUAACAUUCAUCUAAUAUUGACCCUAGAAAUGUCAUUGUUGGGAGAUCUGGAGAGACCUGGUCAUUCAAUUACUAAUAUACAUACUCUUAGUAAAAGUAUUUAUCUUCAACUCGCAAUCUGUGGAUUCUAUUCGAUUAAAUAGAUUCAAAUUGUAUGUUAAACAUCACAGCAUAGUUGAAAUAUGUAUGGUGCGUAGAAAUCCGACGAGGGUGGCCAGCUGGGAUGGGCUGAGGGUUGGGAUGUGGGAGUGGAGUUGCUGGGCGGGGGAUAGAAUGAUGGUCAAAUAUAUAAAAGUAAAAAAAUAAAGCCAAAAUAAAACAAAAAGUAAGUUUGAAUGACACUGAGGGGCAACGUUGUUACAGCGAAUGCCUGUUUGCCUGAGGCUGAUGCCGCGCAGGUGUUUGUACACAUGCAAAUACACACACACACUCAUUCAAACAUGCACAUACACGGACACACACACGUAAAUAGUGCCAUACAUGCACUCAAACAUUCAGUUGGCCUUGCUGUUAUGAUUUUUGUUGUCCUUGAUGUCUUCUGUUUUUGCAUUGUUUUCCUUUGUUUUUCUCUUUUGUUAAUUUUGUUGGUGCAUUGGCGGCGGGUGUCUUGGGGGUGGGGAAUGGAAAUAUUUAAUUUUACAAAUUAUUUUUUCGGGGGUGGUCUCGGAUGGUUGCGGGGCAGCUGUCGGGGAACUGUGCUGGUGGCCUGGCGGUUGGGAGCUUGGGCCGGUGGCAGAUAGUUCGCUGGUUCUGGUUCCCGUUUUUGACCUUGUGGGAGAUCUGUCGACGUGCCCUUGAGCAGGGCGUUAACCCUGGUUGCUUCUGUGGGUCGCUCUGGAUGGGAGUCUGUUAGAUGACUGAGUGUAAUGUAAAUGUUGAGCGGCUUCACUGCAAGUAGAUUGUAUGUUUUUAAUUUAAAAAAGAGAUGAGAACCUCGGUGAAUACCGGUGAACCUCAUGUAUAUAGAAGUUAUCUGUAACCUGUAAAAAUGGCUUGUUUUCCGUUUCAUAUGUUAAAAUCCCAAGCCCUUCCUUAGGCAUACUAUAGCGAAGGCUGGUUCGACAGCAAUGCCUGUCUUUUUUAUCCUGGCCAUUUUUAUGAUAUCAUUACAUUAAAAAAUAAACAUUGUUUUUCGUUACAUUUUAUUACAACCAAACUUGUUAGAAGGAUUUACCUUCCUGGUUUUAUGUUGACAACGUGGCGCGCUUGCAAUGCAACUUCUGGACAUGUGUGAAUGCGAUCUGACCUGUGAAAUGGUUCCGAUUAUGUUCAUACAGUGAGGGGAAAAAAGUAUUUGAUCCCCUGCUGAUUUUGUACGUUUGCCCACUGACAAAGAAAUAAUCAGUCUAUAAUUUUAAUGGUAGGUUUAUUUGAACAGUGAGAGACAGAAUAACAACAACAAAAAUCCAGAAAAACGCAUGUCAAAAAUGUUAUCAAUUGAUUUGCAUUUUAAUGAGGGAAAUAAGUAUUUGACCCCUCUGCAAAACAUGAUUUAGUACUUGGUGGCAAAACCCUUGUUGGCAAUCACAGAGGUCAGAUGUUUCUUGUAGUUGGCCACCAGGUUUGCACACAUCUCAGGAGGGAUUUUGUCCCACUCCUCUUUGCAGAUCUUCUCCAAGUCAUGAAGGUUUCGAGGCUGACAUUUGGCAACUCAAACCUUCAGCUCCCUCCACAGAUUUUCUAUGGGAUUAAGGUCUGGAGACUGGCUAGGCCACUCCAGGACCUUAAUGUGCUUCUUCUUGAGCCACUCCUUUGUUGCCUUGGCCGUGUGUUUUGGGUCAUUGUCAUGCUGGAAUAACCAUCCACGACCCAUUUUCAAUGCCCUGGCUAAGGGAAGGAGGUUCUCACCCAAGAUUUGACGGCACAUGGCCCCGUCCAUCGUCCCUUUGAUGCGGUGAAGUUGUCCUGUCCCCUUAGCAGAAAAACACCCCCAAAGCAUAAUGUUUCCACCUCCAAGUUUGACGGUGGGGAUGGUGUUCUUGGGGUCAUAGGCAGCAUUCCUCCUUCUCCAAACACGGCGAGUUGAGUUGAUGCCAAAGAGCUCCAUUUUGGUCUCAUCUGACCACAACACUUUCACCCAGUUCUCCUCUGAAUCGUUCAGAUGUUCAUUGGCAAACUUCAGACGGGCAUGUAUAUGUGCUUUCUUGAGCAGGGGGACCUUGCGGGCACUGCAGGAUUUCAGUCCUUCACGGCGUAGUGUGUUACCAAUUGUUUUCUUGGUGACUAUGGUCCCAGCUGCCUUGAGAUCAUUGGCAAGAUCCUCCCAUGUAGUUCUGGGCUGAUUCUUCACCGUUCUCAUGAUCAUUGCAACUCCAGGAGGUGAGAUCUUGCAUGGAGCCCCAGGCUGAGGGAGAUUGACAGUUAUUUUGUGUUUCUUCCAUUUGCAAAUAAUCACACCAACUGUUGUCACCUUCUCAUCAAGCUGCUUGGCGAUGGUCUUGUAGCCCAUUCCAGCCUUGUGUAGGUCUACAAUCUUGUCCCUGACAUCCUUGGAGAGCUCUUUGGUCAUGGCCAUGGUGGAGAGUUUGGAAUCUGAUUGAUUGCUUCUGUGGACAGGUGUCUUUUUUUAUACAGGUAUCAAGCUGAGAUUAGGAGCACUCCCUUUAAGAGUGUGCUCCUAAUCUCAGCUCGUUACCUGUAUAAAAGACACCUGGGAGCCAGCAAUCUUUCUGAUUGAGAGGGGGUCAAAUACUUAUUUCCCUCAUUUAAAAUGCAAAUCAAUUUAUAACAUUUUUAACAUGCGUUUUUCUGGAUUUUUGUUGUUGUUAUUCUGUCUCUCACUGUUCAAAUAAACCUACCAUUAAAAUUAUAGACUGAUCAUUUCUUUGUCAGUGGGCAAACGUACAAAAUCAGCAGGGGAUCAAAUACUUUUUUCCCUCACUGUAAAACACAGGCCUAUUUGGGAGCAGUAUAACGUAAGUGGACGUUCUCCCUUGCUAUUUAUAUUGGAUCUUUGUCCAACUACAGUGAAAAGUUUGGAUGCGUGUUAAACCCUCCAUUGUCUGUGUUUUAAUAUUAUAUGCCCACAGGGAGAAAUUAUGGUACCUGUAAGUGUGACAGCCUAUUUGUUUAGAAUUUGAUUUGAAUUAUUCCUUCGCUUUUCAGGCCUUUAUCAAUAAUUAAUUUACAGUAGGCCUGGCCCCUAUAUCAGGGUAAAUGCAAUUGAAGUCAUGCAAUUACUUAGAACAUGUGGCCUGCAAAUGGGUUCACGUGAACGUAUUUAGCAAAGAUAGGUCUACAUUUUGUUAUUUAUUUUCUGUAAGCCAAUUAACAAACUAUAAUGGCCUAACAUUGGAAUUCCAAGGUAAUACAUAAAAGACCGUAAAUACACAAGCAACCACAUGUAUCUCCAUGGAGCUCGUUCUGAUUGGCCAGUGAGGGGCCAAGUCUCAACACACCCACAACUUGUUUAUUCAUCAAAACCCAGCUCUUUCACAUCAACGCGGAUAACUGUGAUGCUGAAAAUAGCAAAAAUAUUUCUGACACUACUGAACCUAUAGCGCUACCGCCUGCGUUUAGAUUUACCAUUGCGUUAGGUUUGUUACAAUCGAGCCCUCAGUUACGUCAUGUUUUGCAUUAAACUGUAGUGAUGUCUAUUAUUCAAAAUAAAUUAUGCUUUAAGAUAACAGUGCCAGCAAGUAUGUUUUUUGACAGGGAAUACUUGUAGUUACUAUUCAAAUCCACCUUGUGAAAAUGCUUUUUUGCUAUCAUCCCUAGGUUGAAGAUUUCAAAUCUUUGGAUAAGGUCUCCAGGGACACCAAAUCCAUCACCAUAAUUGGAGGAGGUUUCUUGGGGAGUGAGCUGGCCUGUGCCCUGGGCAGGAGAUGUAAGUUAAGUAGGGCUGACGUUAUUUAGUCGAUUGUUUGGUGUAUGGGCUGUUGGUCGACCGAGAUUUCAUGGUGUUCAAGACACCUGUCUGAGUGGACUGAUCCAUUGUGCAGGCCGUGGGGAUGGCACAGUCCAUCAGUCUAAGACAUGUGCUACUGAAAAUGUAUAUGGUUAUACAAUGGUGCAACACAAAUAAAAUAUUAUUUUACAACAACUGCGCUUUCUCCCGCAUUGGAUAGUGAUCACUGUCUGCAAUUCUGAAACACAUCAGUGCGCUGUUGAAUUGGCGCCUUUUCCUAGACCAUGUUGCUAUGUGCAUAAUAGCAAAGUUAACCAGCAUAUUGGUGUUGAGAACAAUGCGGCAGCAGCAGAGUUAGGAGACGAGAAAACAGCCCUUGCGUAAUUGUCUAAGAAAAGUGAGGAGAGGGGAAACCCCAACUUAUUUAGGUCUAUAAUCAAUAGCCUAACUGUUGUGUGCCUUGAUUUAUAAAUCAUCCAUAUAUACUGUAGAUCUACAGAAGUAAGACAGAGCCUGCUUCUGUUGCCUGUUUGAGUGCUUGUUUCAUAGCCUACUGAUUCCCUGAGCACCAAGCCUCACGCAACAAUUUCACUAAUUCAGCUGUUUUCAUCUUUGCUAUGCUGUAAUAAAGGCUUUACACUUUUUUCGUUAGACCUUGGUAUUAUUUAUAAUUUAUUUACUGUUUACACUGUUCCAAAUUGUCAGAAUGUUUGUAUUUAUAAUAAUAAUAAUAACCUUUUUCCUUUACCUCCUUAUUGUUAUUAUUAAUGUUGUUAUUAUUAUGAUCAAUAUGUCAUUAUCAUUAGCAGGCUUAGUAUAGCAGCCUUAUAUACCACCAUCGAGCUGUAGGCCUAAGAGCGCAUCCUGUUUAGUCUUAAUAAUGUAACUUACUUAGGCCCAUAUUUCAAUACUUAUAUAGGCUACUGUAUCAAUCAAUGUAAUUGUUAAUGUCAUCAAACAGUAUAGGAGUCAUUCAUGAUAUGAAAUGCAAUCAAGCAUUUUUUGUUUUUAAAUAAAAUAACUAAGAGACCAUUGAAUAAUUAGCAUUAACAAUAAAUAGGCCUAAACCGUUCCAUUUCGAAAAUUGCAUUCACGAAUGAAUGCGACUGUUUUGAGUUUUUGCUGUAAUAAAGGCUUUACAAAAAAACUAAAAAAAAUUACAACAGACUCUCUGGUACGCUUAUCAUUUGUGUUUACAUGGUUCCAAACAGUCAAAAAUUAUAUUGUAAUCUAACAGCACCUGUUUUCCUCACAUAAUAUGCAUGCAGCGCUUUCUCCUUACAUUAUUUUUCUUGCUCUCCUGUAUUUUCCACAACUAGUCAAAUUUGUUCCACACAUCUGACUUCCCCUUUACCUCCUGCGCAACCAGUAAACAUUCCCCCGUUUCGAGUUUAUUUGUCACAUUUUCUGCAUCCAUUUUGCUGUGUUACGGUGUUCAGUUUGUUUUAUUGAUGUGACUAUGAUAUGCUAUAGGUCAGGUCCUAUUGGCCACGUGCUUGCGAUAGGGAAUGUUUUUCCUAAACAAAUUAGGGAUUUCGGUAAGAUAACUUUUCAGUCAGAAAUGACUGUAAUUAUGUUGCAGCUUCAGCAACACGGACAGCGCAAUACACACAGUUGAUGUUCUGUGGUGGUCGCUGUAGCAGGGAGGAGAGGGAGACAACGGGGGCUAGUCACACAGUCCCUCAAUGUAAUUUGUGUGUCUUAGUUAUUUAAUCUAACUGUUCGUUUAAAGCAUCAGACCAGCUCAGUGCAUAUAGUUGAUUUGAUUAAACACAGGAUGUGUCUAUGGAAAAAGUUGUAAAAUGUAGGCCGAUUGGUUGAAAGAACAGACUAUCUUGGUCGACCAAGAUUUUUUAAAAAGUGGGGACAGUCCUAAAGUUAAGACUACUGUCUGAAUCAAGGGAGAAAUUACACUGACUGAACCAACAACCAACAUUCACCACAGUGAAAUGCCCCUUUGUAAGGUGUCUGUCUGUCUUCCAUCCUUUUCCCAGCUGCUGAUUCUGACCUGGAGGUGGUCCAGAUGUUCCCUGAGAAGGGCAACAUGGGAAAGGUGCUACCGGAGUAUCUAAGCAACUGGACAACAGCCAAAGUCAAGAGCGGUAAGGAGGGAAACCUCUUAAUCUCUAUAACUUGCAUGUUUCACUAAUGGACUGUAUAUGGGAGUUCCUUCUCCCCUGUGGAAAUGACUGAGACGGCCAUUGCCAACCUAUACAUUUUUUAAAGAGAAGUUACAUUUUUAAAGAAGUUAUUUAUACUGAAAUUCAACUCUCACCUUUACAGAGGGAGUGAAGGUCAUCACAGAAGCGUUGGUUAAAGGUGUCACCUACAAAGAUGGCAGAGUGGAGAUCAAACUGAAGGAUGGUCGCGUGGUGAAGACGGACCAUAUUGUUGCAGCUGUUGGGCUGGAUCCCAGUGUAGAGCUGGCCAAGUCAGCAGGUCUGGAGGUAGACUCUGACUUUGGGGGCUUUCGGGUCAACGCAGAACUGCAGGCUAGGUCCAAUAUAUGGGUGGUAAGUGCAAAUUCGAGUGGUUGUCUUCGGAUGCUACUUCAUUUUCAUCUGAAAGGUCAAUUCUUAGUAAAGAAGAGCUCCCCCAUUGAAAGAUUGAUAACAUAUCUCAUAAGUUAUGCAUCCUUAACUCUCAUACUCAAGCACAAGGAAACUAUAAAAAAAAGUAUUGUAAUUUAUUACCGAUGUGUCAUGACUAUGUAGGCAACUAUUGUGAUCCUUAGUGUCCUCUGUUUACAGGCAGGUGAUGCAGCAUGCUUCUAUGACAUUAGACUGGGCCGCAGGCGAGUGGAGCACCAUGACCAUGCAGUCGUGAGUGGCCGGCUGGCCGGAGAGAACAUGACGGGAGCCAAUAAGCCCUACUGGCAUCAGUCCAUGUUCUGGUACGAGUCAUAUCAUUCAGUUUCCUUGUCAGUAGUCGUCAGUGACUCCCUCUCCUCUAACCUUGUAUCUCAUGUCCUAUUGUGUCCCACAGGAGUGACCUGGGGCCUGAUGUAGGCUAUGAGGCCAUUGGGAUAGUAGACAGUAGCCUUCCAACGGUUGGAGUAUUUGCCAAAGCCACUGCUAAGGACACCCCCAAAGCUGCCACAGAGAAGUCCGGUAUAACCAUCCACAUUAUACUGAUUUACAGUCAACAUAAUUGGCAGGCUCCAGCCACCCAAGUCAUAGAUUGUUCUCUCUGCUACUGCACGGCAAGCAGUACUGAUGCACCAAGUCUGGAAGCAACAGGACCCUGAACAGCUUCUACCCCCAAGCCAUAAGACUGAUAAAUAGUUAGUCCGGGUAGCUAUUUAACUAUCUGCAUUGACCCUUUUUGCAUGAACUCUUUUGACUCAUAACAUACGUUGCUGCUACUGUUUAUUAUCUGUCCUGUUGCCUAGUCACUUUACCCCUACCUAUAUGUACAUAUCUACCUCUUACCUUGCACAUCAGCUCGGUACUAGUACCCCGUGUAUAUUGGGAAGUUAUCGUUACUCAUUGUGUAUUUAUUCCUCGCGGUAUAGUUUUUUUCUCUCUGCAUUGUUGGGAAGAGCCCGUAAGUAAGCAUUUCACUGUUUACAAAGCAUGUGACAAACUAUUUGAUUUGAUUCUACAGAAGGACCCUCUGUACUUUACAAAUCAACUAAAUGUUUCAACCCCCCCCCCCCCAAAACAAUUGUUUUGAAGACCUAGCCUGAGCAUCUUUCCUAUCCUGAUAGGAACUGGAAUCCGUUCGGAGAGUGAGACUGAGGGGACGGCCAGUAGCCCUGUAGCCUCCUCCACCCCUGAACCCCCUCCAGUAUCCCAGCAGAAGGACGACUACGGGAAAGGAGUGAUCUUCUAUCUGCGAGACAAAGUGGUGGUGGGCAUUAUCCUGUGGAACGUGUUCAACAGAAUGCCCGUCGCAAGGAAGGUGAGAACUGUCACAAAUAUCAGAGGAUGCAUAUUUUCUCUGUUCUUCAAACCGCUCCAUGUCACUUAAGUGAUGUUGAAAACCGAGUUAAAUAUAGACUGAUUUGCUUUGCAUUCUUGUCUUUGCAGAUCAUCAAAGAUGGAGAGGAACAUGCCGAUCUGAAUGAAGUGGCUAAGCUCUUCAACAUUCACGAGGACUGAGUCUUCUCUACUCUGGGGAGGCUGAGCCUAUGCUGGGAGACGUAUGCUGUCACUACUCAUAAAGGCUUUGAACUUUCACAGUCAUCGCCAGGCUUUGGCAGACCCUACUAUGAUGAUGCACUUGAAAAGAAAAGGGAGAAUCUCUGGACACAAAUUUACUCUGUACAUUUCAUGUCGCUGGAAUAUUUUCAUGUUUGUAAUUUCUAUCACAUGCAUGUGUUUUUUUUUCUUAUUGUCUAUUCAAGAUAGUGAGUAGAAAUAUUCACCAUGUAUAUCAGUCUAAUCAUUCUAUAUAGUAUAAAAGCCGCCCCCAUAUCCCCAGAUCUAUUCUGUUGCGUUUUGUGAUCAAGGUGAAAUUGUCCAUCUCGGGAAUACAGGUGACAGUGUACAAGCCUAACAACAUACUGGUAUGUGGAGGUUGUUUUUCAGUGUGAUCAGAGCAGCUCAUAUUGUUAGGCUGCAAUAAAAAUAUUUUUUAAUAAAUGAUCCUACCAUUUGCAUUUUUAUUUCCUAAGAUGUUAUCAC